AUGAAGCUGAACAAACAAAAAUGCCAUUUUGAUAGCAAGCAUCCAAGCUUUGCCGGCAAGGAUACCAACUAUUUUAGAAGCAAAACUGAUGGACUCAAGAAAGCCACACUUGACACUGGUGGCAAGUACCACAAACAAAACGUAGCAGCCGUUGAAGCUUCAUAUUUGGUGGCACUCAGAAUUGCCAGAGCUAUGAAACCACACACCAUUGCUGAGGAUUUACUGUUGCCAGCGGCCAAAGACAUUGUUCGAGUUGUGAUCGGAGACAAAUUUGUUAUGAAAUUGAGUGCAAUUUCCUUAUCCAACGACGCUGUUUGCAGAAGAAUAGAUGACAUGUCUGCUGAUAUUCUUGAUCAGGUAAUCCAGGAAAAUAAAUAUGCUCCACUUCCAAUAUUUAGUAUCCAGCUUGAUGAAUUUACAGAUGUUGCAAACUGUUCACAGUUACUGGUUUACGUGAGGUAUAUUAAUGAUGGCGACUUUAAAGAUGAGUUUCUUUUUUGCAAACCUCUUGAAACGACAACUACUGCACAUGAUGUAUUUGACACAGUUGGUUCAUUUCUGAAAGAGCAUAACAUCUCUUGGGAAAAGGUUUGUGGUGUUUGCACAGAUGGUGCUCCCACUAUGCUAGAAUGUCAAUCUGGAUUUCAGCGUUACUGUUACGAUUCAUAA